AUGUGUGCCCCGGCCGAGCUACCAGCCGGCUUUGCCUGCGCACCCGUGACGCCACCGCGCUGGUCCCGCCUCCUUCCCCCGCCCCCCCCACCGCGCGCGGCCCUCAGCACGCGGCGCUCCGUUACCGGCCCGCACAGCCGUUCGUGCGCGCGAGGCAGCCCCGCCCCCGUCCGGCUGUUGCGUGGCCGCGCUCGCGAAGGCGGGUGCGAGAGGAGCGGCGCCAACGGCCGCCCAAGGAGGAGGAAGAGGAGGGCGGCUCGCGACGCGCUCGCUCCCGCCGCGCCGCACGUUGAGGCCGGGCUCUCGCGAGAGCGGGUUGCCGGCUCGGUUCCUGGUUGGUGGGAUCCCGCCGAGAAAGCCGGGGCGGCAGCGGGACGGGCCUCUGUCGCCGGUCGCGCACCGGGCUCUGAUCGCAGCGGCCCGACCCCGCCGCCGGGCCGCCCGCCGCGGGCGCGCAGCCAGCCGGGCGCUGGCCCGGCCCGCGUCCCGCCCGAGCGCCGUCUGUGGAGAGGGAUCAUGUCCGCCGGGCAGCAGGGACCGCCGCCGCCGGACGAGCCGCCCGCGCCGCCGGGGGCCGGCGGCGGAGAGGCGGCGGGGACGGCUCCCGCCGGGCCCGCUGGAGCCGGCGCCGCGAUGGAGGAAUCUUUUAAUGAUGCGUCACCAGGAAAACCAAAAGAAAUCCAGGAAGCAGAUCCUACAUAUGAAGAGAAAAUGCAAACAGACAGAGCAAACAGAUUUGAGUAUCUGUUGAAGCAGACUGAGCUGUUUGCUCACUUCAUUCAGCCUGCUGCUCAGAAAACUCCAACUUCACCUUUGAAAAUGAAACCAGGACGUCCACGAAUAAAGAAGGAUGAGAAGCAGAACUUGCUGUCAGUUGGCGACUAUCGCCAUCGUAGAACAGAACAGGAAGAAGAUGAGGAGCUGUUAACAGAAAGCUCCAAGACAACCAAUGUCUGCACUCGGUUCGAAGAAUCUCCAUCAUAUGUUAAGUGGGGAAAGCUGCGUGAUUAUCAGGUCCGAGGAUUGAACUGGCUCAUUUCUUUAUAUGAAAAUGGCAUCAAUGGUAUCCUAGCAGAUGAAAUGGGUCUUGGGAAGACACUGCAGACAAUCUCUCUCCUUGGAUAUAUGAAACACUACAGAAAUAUUCCUGGUCCUCACAUGGUGUUAGUUCCCAAGUCCACCCUACAUAACUGGAUGAAUGAAUUCAAGAGAUGGGUACCUACGCUUCGAGCAGUGUGCUUGAUAGGUGACAAAGACCAGCGAGCUGCCUUUGUCAGAGACGUGUUGUUGCCAGGAGAGUGGGAUGUCUGUGUCACGUCGUAUGAAAUGCUUAUCAAAGAAAAAUCAGUAUUCAAGAAGUUUAACUGGAGAUAUUUAGUCAUAGAUGAAGCCCACAGGAUUAAAAACGAAAAAUCAAAGUUAUCAGAAAUAGUGAGAGAAUUCAAGACCACAAAUCGGCUGCUGCUAACUGGAACUCCACUUCAGAACAACUUACAUGAACUCUGGGCGCUUCUUAACUUCCUUUUGCCAGACGUCUUCAAUUCGUCUGAAGACUUUGACUCAUGGUUUGAUACGAACAACUGUCUAGGGGAUCAAAAGUUGGUGGAGCGUCUCCAUAUGGUCUUACGACCAUUCCUUUUACGUCGCAUUAAGGCUGAUGUAGAGAAAAGUUUACCUCCAAAGAAGGAAGUGAAAAUUUACGUGGGUCUCAGCAAAAUGCAACGAGAAUGGUAUACAAGAAUCUUAAUGAAGGAUAUAGAUAUUUUGAAUUCUGCUGGAAAGCUGGACAAAAUGAGACUGCUGAAUAUCCUAAUGCAACUGCGAAAAUGUUGCAAUCAUCCCUAUCUCUUUGACGGAGCAGAACCUGGUCCACCUUACACAACAGAUAUGCAUUUGGUCACCAACAGUGGCAAGAUGGUAGUACUGGACAAAUUACUACCAAAGCUGAAAGAGCAAGGUUCACGAGUCUUAAUCUUCAGCCAGAUGACCAGAGUCCUGGAUAUCUUGGAAGAUUAUUGUAUGUGGCGAAAUUAUGAGUACUGUAGACUGGACGGACAAACACCUCAUGACGAAAGACAGGCUUCUAUUAAUGCAUAUAACGAACCUGGUAGCUCGAAAUUUGUCUUCAUGUUGAGUACACGGGCUGGAGGUCUUGGAAUCAAUUUGGCUACCGCUGAUGUUGUAAUUCUGUACGAUUCAGACUGGAAUCCACAAGUAGAUCUUCAGGCUAUGGAUCGAGCUCACAGAAUUGGUCAAACAAAGACUGUAAGAGUGUUCAGAUUUAUCACAGACAAUACAGUGGAAGAAAGGAUAGUGGAGCGUGCAGAAAUGAAACUCCGCCUCGAUUCCAUAGUCAUUCAGCAAGGCAAACUGGUGGAUCAAAAUUUGAAUAAACUUGGGAAGGAUGAAAUGCUGCAAAUGAUUCGACACGGAGCGACGCAUGUGUUUGCCUCCAAGGAGAGUGAGAUUACAGAUGAAGAUAUAGAUCACAUUUUGGAAAGAGGUGCAAAAAAGACUGCAGAAAUGAACGAAAAACUUUCCAAGAUGGGUGAAAGCUCACUCAGAAAUUUCACGAUGGAUACAGAAUCCAGCGUAUAUAAUUUUGAAGGGGAGGACUACAGAGAAAAACAGAAGAUGGCAUUUACAGAGUGGAUUGAACCACCUAAACGAGAAAGAAAGGCCAAUUACGCCGUGGACGCUUACUUCAGAGAGGCUCUUCGAGUCAGCGAGCCAAAAGCACCCAAGGCACCACGGCCUCCAAAACAGCCAAAUGUACAGGACUUUCAGUUCUUUCCUCCACGACUCUUUGAACUACUGGAAAAAGAGAUUCUCUACUACAGGAAAACAAUCGGGUACAAGGUACCUCGUAAUCCUGAUCUUCCGAAUGCAGCCCAAGCGCAAAAGGAAGAGCAGCUUAAGAUUGAUGAAGCUGAACCUCUUAAUGACGAAGAACUAGAAGAAAAAGAGAAGCUUCUCACCCAGGGAUUUACUAACUGGAAUAAGAGAGAUUUUAACCAGUUCAUCAAAGCUAAUGAGAAGUGGGGCCGUGACGAUAUUGAAAAUAUAGCACGAGAAGUAGAAGGAAAAACCCCGGAGGAAGUCAUUGAGUAUUCAGCUGUGUUCUGGGAAAGGUGCAACGAACUUCAAGACAUAGAGAAGAUCAUGGCUCAGAUAGAAAGAGGAGAAGCCAGAAUUCAGAGACGGAUCAGCAUAAAAAAAGCACUUGAUACGAAGAUUGGCAGAUACAAAGCCCCUUUCCACCAGCUAAGAAUAUCGUAUGGUACUAACAAAGGGAAGAAUUACACUGAAGAGGAGGAUCGCUUUUUAAUCUGCAUGCUUCACAAGCUAGGAUUUGAUAAAGAGAACGUCUACGAUGAAUUAAGACAGUGUAUCCGAAACUCCCCCCAGUUCAGAUUUGACUGGUUUCUCAAGUCUAGAACUGCUAUGGAGCUACAGAGGAGAUGCAAUACUUUAAUCACCCUGAUUGAAAGAGAGAACAUGGAACUGGAAGAAAAGGAAAAGGCAGAGAAGAAGAAACGCGGACCAAAACCAUCUUCGGCACAGAAGCGCAAAAUGGAUGGUACUCCUGACGGUCGUGGAAGAAAAAAGAAGCUAAAGCUGUGAACGCAGAAGUUUUGUAAUCACUAAAUUUAAAAAGUAGUUCUUUAAUUUACGGGUCUUCAUAAGAUGUACUGUACAAUGCUCAACUAUUAUGUCAUUAAAGGACAUCGGGUUCA